CAUACUGAUAUUUUCACUUCUAUCAUACGAUAUUCGAGAAAAAGAGUUCGAAUUUCGAAAUGGGUGGAAAAAAGAAAAAUAAAGUUGCAUCUAUUCCUGCACGCGGGUUUGUUACUACAUCAGUGCCAUCCAAAACGAAAACACCUGCCCCAGUCCCCGAAGGUCCAAGUGAAAAAGAGACCGACACUGUUGUGGCAUCGGGGCCUUCAGAGAAGGACUCGGGAAAGGCCGGUGAGAUUCUAGGUAUCCCGAACGAAGAAGAGGUGGAGGAGCACCGAUUGAAGGCACUUGUGGACAAGCUAGGUCAAAGGGCCAGGAAGGAAACACAGAGAAUUGUGGCCCGGGUGGAAGUCGAGAAACGCACAAUUAGAAGUAUCUGCUACCCUUUGAAGGUGAACAAACUUCUAGAGUUUGACUUCGUGCGUUAUAAUAGUCAGCCAAGGACUACUGGUGGAGUGAAAGAACUUGGGGUAGGGGACCAGAUUCUGGCGCUUGCUAAGGAAGAGUUCAUUCAAAUGGGCCGGACGAAUGAGACCGAAUGCAAACGAGGAGAAGCUUUACUCCUGAAUGCUUGGAUUCUGCAAAGGGCUUUUAUCUCCAUGGGCUUUCCAAAGGGAAGGGUCGAGGAGGGGUUGCAGGCGCUGGCUGAUCAUGGUUCCACUGCUCUCGAUAAAGAAAAAGGCUUAGAUGGAGCAUUGGAGGAAAUGUUUGAUUGGCUAGCGCUCAAUUGCGAGGAAGAAGAGCUUCCGGGGUUUUAUGAUGAGUUUAGUAGAGGGAAGAAAGACGUGGCCUCGGGCUCAUCAGAUGUGACACCCAGUGAAAUAAAACCCGAUUCUGGAACACCUACUCCCCGACAGCCCUUCGGGGCCGACAAACGCCAUUUGACUGGAAAAUUGCUUCGAGUUGCCGAUCGGAGUCUUGAGAGCAGAGAUGUUUCAGGUGAGGAUAAGAAGGUUGGGAAUAAUGAAAGUGGUGACAGCGAGGAUGAAGAUGUCGAGGUUGCGCCGGAGGAAUUGGUUCCACAAUACAUCAAGCUGCAGACACAAAAAUAUCACCUCCACCCUGCUUCUACAAUUAUAACAGGCAAGAAAGUUAAGGGGAAAAAUGAGAUAAAAGCUUCCUCGAUAGCUGGUGUUUCUCCCGCCAAAGCGGAGCAACUCGGGAAAAUUCAGAAUAAGCUUGAUGAACUUACCCGCGACCCGCUCUUUGACCUCCGGGAAGCGGAGGAUGUUUGGCGUGUAGAGAGGCUGAGGCUAGAAAAGGAGGAAUGGGCCAGGAAACAGAGUAGAGGGGGUUCGACCUUUAAGCAAGGGACUAAAGCAUCGGCUGGCUAUACGGUCAACUCCGAAGGCAACGGGGUUAAGGAAGAGACAGAGUCUACUUCCCCUAUCGAUUUGCCACAUACAGAAGAGGAUUCAAAUAUAGAUCAGUACUUUGUAGAUGGCCUUUUCAAACCAACACCGACAGAAGAAUUAACCGCUAUACAAGAGGGUGAGAAUGAAAAUGUGGAUAUCAGAGAUUUCGAGCUGGUCAACGCUUCUGGGGGAAAUUUUGGAAAAGGGAAACCAAGAGGAAAAGCAGGGGUUGGUACGCCUGCGGUCAAGAAGGUUUUGGAGGAGCUUUGCCGGAGCCGGGAUGUGAAUUCCAAAAUUCGCUUCGAAAUGAUUCCGGGAACAUCGAUUUCGGCCCGGAGCAAACUAAUCAUUACUUGGUCUUCCAUUGCCGAAUCAUCAUCUGUCGAUGUUUCCCCUAUAACUCCAACCCUUGGCCCCGGCGCUCGCCCACCUGUUAUUAUAUCAACCCUGGGCUUGCUUUGUACUACGUUUUCCAUGGCAUCAAUUGCCGCGAUGAGUAAGGACCAAGCGGACGGCUUCAUUGCUACUUAUGCGCUUUUCAAGUUAUGUGGUAAAAAGGAUGAAAAGAUGUAUCUUCGGCUCCCAAGCAUUUGGCGUGAGCUGUGGUUUGAACUACUAAAUGAGGGUCAACUAGAAUCCGAGAGGCAGGAGCGGGAGGUUCUCAGGAAUCUGGAGGGGGCUUUAAAGAUAGGAAAUUUCGGCCUUUCCGGCCCUGAUUAUCUUGCAGAGAAGAAGCCUCGGGCUAUUAAAGCUGUUGGCCCUAAGGAGCAAGGAGUCACGGGCGGAAGAGUGGAGUCCGGAAAUACGACUUCGGAUGCAAUAAAAGAAGAUUGGUUCUAUAGAACAAGUCGUUCUGGAUAUCAACAUAUGUUGGAACAUAGAAGGAAGCUGCCAAUGUGGGCAUUCAAAGAAGAUGUUUUGGCUGCUAUGGAAAAAAAUCAGGUAAUUAUCAUAUGUGGUGAAACUGGAUGUGGAAAGAGUACCCAAACUCCUGCUUUCAUUUUAGAGCAUGAACUCUCCCAGGGAAAAUCCUGCCGCAUAUACUGUACAGAGCCACGUAGAAUUUCUGCAAUAUCGCUCGCGAGACGUGUAUCGGAAGAACUGGGUGAAAGGAAAUCCGAAGUUGGUAGCAAAAGUUCGCUCGUUGGGUACGCUAUUAGGCUUGAGGGUAGAAUGCAUUCUGGUACAAGGUUGAUCUAUGCGACUACGGCAUGUUUUUUCUCAUUCCUUCUGUCGCCGGAAUUAGAGGAGGUGACUCAUUUAGUGUUGGACGAGGUUCAUGAGAGAAGUAUAGACAGUGACUUUCUAUUACUUGUUCUGAAGAAGCUGUUGGUUCAAAGAAAGGACCUGAGGGUUGUUCUCAUGUCUGCCACUGUCGAUGCAGAUAGGCUCUCAGCGUAUCUCGGCGAUGCGCCAGUUAUGGUGGCUCCGGGCAGGACUUUCCCCGUGGAGACUUACUACCUUGAGGAUGCUAUCAGACUUACCCAGGAUACCCUAAGUCGUCUAAAUCUUCAUCACAUCAACUAUGAGUUGAUUGUUCGGCUUAUUGACUUUGUUGGAAGCUCACCUGAAUAUGUGGACUACUCUAAAGCAAUACUUAUAUUCAUGCCUGGUUUUGCCGAAAUUCGAAGACUAAACGACAUGUUAAUAGCACAUCCGACUUUCGGUAACAAUCGGGGUGAUGGAGGGUGGCUGAUAUAUCCACUUCAUUCCACAAUUGCAAGCGAGGAUCAAGAGGCGGCUUUUUCAAUACCUCCCUCAGGAAUGAGGAAGAUCGUUAUUGCAACUAAUAUUGCGGAAACAGGAAUAACAAUUCCGGAUGUCACUUGUGUUAUUGAUACAGGGAAGCAUAAGGAAAUGCGAUUCGACGAAAAAAGGCAGCUUAGCAGGCUAGUUGAGACCUUCGUAAGCCGGGCUAAUGCGAAACAAAGAAGGGGUAGAGCUGGAAGAGUUCAAAAAGGGCUAUGUUUUCACCUGUUUACCAAAAGCCAACACAACAAUUGGAUGGUUGAGCAGCAAACUCCUGAAAUUAUGAGACUGUCUCUUCAGGAUCUCGUGCUGAGGAUUAAAAUUUGUAGACUUGGCCAAGUCGAAGAGGUCUUGUCGCAAGCCCUUGAUGCUCCUUUACCCAAAAAUAUUAGACGGGCUAUAGAUUCUCUACUUGAAGUGAAAGCGUUAACAGUGGCAGAAGAGCUUACUGCCUUAGGGCGGCAACUUGCAAAGCUGCCUCUGGACGUUUACCUCGGGAAAUUGGUACUAAUGGGCUCUAUUUAUGGAUGCUUGGAUGCGGCCCUCACCAUUGCAGCUAUCCUAUCCUCGAAGUCUCCCUUCGUUACCCCAAUAGGGCACAAAAAGGAAGCCGAAUCCUGCAGAUUGUCUUUCAAGAGAGCUGACUCAGAUCUUCUCACUGGCUGGAACGCGUACUCUUCGUGGAGGCGAGUUUGCCAAAGAAAAACAAUGAUGUCUGAGAGUGAAUUUUGCCAGAGAAACUAUCUCAGUAGUCGAAAUUUACUUGGGAUUGAGGAAUUGAAACAGCAGCUUCUUGUUUCUGUGGUAGAAGCUAGAUUCCUAACCCUGAAAGAGGAAGAGAAGGCAGAGCUAAACCGAUGCCGGUUUUCAACUUACUAUCGGCGCAACUUCUUCAUUGUCCCAGAAUCAGUCAACUACAGUAGCGAAAAUGAUUCCAUAGUGAAUUCAGUUAUUGCUGCAAGCUUCUACCCUAAACUAUUGGCUAAGGGAGGUAAUGGGUGGCGAAAUAUUCUCAACAACCAUCGUAUUGCCAUCCAUCCAAGCUCGGUGAACCGGUAUGCAAAGAGCGAGUGGCUGGCGUUCCAUAGCAUUAUGCAAUCCAAUAGGUCCUACGAUGCACAUGAGACCAGUCAUGUGGACGGCACUGCAAUUGCACUACUCUGUGGAGAUGUUGACUAUAAGAUGCAUGCGGGCUCGAUGACACUUGAUGGACACCGGGUAAGAUUUGCCUUCGAGGACUGGAAAAGCUUAAUUGCAUUCAAAAUCCUGCGGAGUAGGCUUAAGGAGAUCACGACUCGGUCCUUCCGUGCCCCCGGAAAGGAGUUGACUCAAAACCAGAGGAAAUGGAUGCAGAUAUUCUAUAGGGUAUUUCUAAGAUUAAAACAGAUAGAGGAUGAGAGGGUGGGGGGUGAGGCAGGUUAG